AUGGCUCGCCACAGUGUUACUCGCUGUAAACAGCUGAUCUGGGCUCAGAUGUCCAGUGCAGUAGUUCACGGUCGGUCCCUGUGUGAGAUGGCAGUGAAUAGAAACCUGAAUGGAGAUCAAUCAUUUAAAAAUUAUGAGGCGCUGGCUUGGCUCAAUGAAACUUUACAGACCAGCUUCACCAAACUGGAGCAGUUAUGCACAGGUGAAGCCCAUUGUCAGCUGAUGGAACAGCUGUUUCCAGGCUCUCUGGAUCUUUCCAAGGUCCGGUUCCAAGUCACUGAUGAUGUGGACUGCAUUCACAACUACAGUUUACUGCAGGGUGCAUUCAGAAAAGUGGGAAUCGUCCGACACAUCCCUAUGGAGGAGUUAAUAAAGAGGAACACUAUUGUGGCGUUCACGUUCCUGCAGUGGUUUCAGAAUUUCUUCACGGGGAACAAAAAAGGCCAGAAGCACAAUCCCUCACAUGUCAAAGGAGGACAGAACACGCUUCCUGGUGAAACAAGUGGGAGCAAAGAUGACUGUUCCUCUGAGGUGGAGAUGACUGUAAAGACAAAGGACAAAACGGUGGAAGAACCAAUGAAAGAAGCGGAGGAGACGGCGAACAGCGACCCAAAUGUGAUAGUGUUAAUAUCCGAUGAUGAUGAUGAUGUAGUGGUGGAAGUGACGAUGGAGGAGAAAAUGGAGACUACAGUUAAAGAAGAGUGUGUAAAGUCACAGAGGACAGAAAAAGCUAAAGCAGCAGGAAGUAGUUUCGACAGCAGAGACACUUCGUUGCGCUUCAUCAGAAAAUACUCGAACUUCAUCACAAACACAGACGCUCAGGCUUCGGCCAUCUUGAGCCCAAACAGCCUCAGCGACACCAUCCAGGCCUGCUUGCGUGUACCGUACUGCCUCUACCUGUUCGUGGGGGUGGAACUGGACGCAGGAUGGAGCACGAGCGUCGUCCUGAUCGGCUACCACGAUCAGAGCUCGGGGGUCGGUGCGGUGCGGCUGCUGGACACUCUGCAGAUGAGCGUGGACACUGUUGAUCUGCAGACAUCAGCAGACAUCACCGUCAUACAAACAUCAGAUUCUGACGCACGCCUUCUGAUUCAGACGCUGAAGAAAUUCGGGCUUUCUCUGUCCAACAUUUCUGUGUUUUACUGUGACGCUCCACAUCCGGGGGUGAGCCAGGUGUUUGUUUCCCAGCUGCAGGCUUUCAACCCGAGGUUAGUGUCCCUCUGCGGACUUCCUGGGAUGGUGGGAAGAGCCUGCCAGGCCGGACUUUUAGCUUCCUUUAGUUGUGUGGUUGACCUGAUUAAAGACAUCCACCGUCACUACUCAACCUGCCUCUCCGUUGACAACAGUCUGAAAGUGCUGUUCACUGGUUUUCAUUGUUUUAACCCUUCCCGCUCCAUCUCUGCGCAGUAUUUGUUCAUCGUCUGCACCGUGCAGAACAUGGUGAACAGCUGGAGGGAUCUGGUGGAGUAUUUUAAGUCCCUGAAACAAGCCGAGGACGCUGAGCGGAUCAGAGCUCAGCUGAUGGACGCUAAAGUCAAGCUGCACUUCCUGUUCCUCUCCCACGCUCUGGAGCCCCUCAGAGCACUUCAGCAGCUGCAGCAGCACGGCACAGCGGACGUGGCCGUGGAGCUCCAGCUCAUCUCCAUGCUGGUUAACUCCUACGCAGCCAGCAUCCUCCGGCCCUCCGUCGCCGAGCGCUUCCUGAGGAAACGAGACGUGGCUCUCCUCCGCAACCAGAAGGAGCUGCUCCCUAUGACCGAGGUCGACAUAGGCUCGCGUGCCAUGGACUUCCUGUGGGCCACCGCUGUCGUGGAUCUAGGGGAACAGGAGAGGGACGACUUCAUGAAGGACGCAGUGGAUUUCUACAAAGCAGCGCUGCAGAGUUUAGUGGAGAGUAUUCCUGAGCAUCUCGGAGACGUUGCUCUGAGGAACAUCGGCACGGUGCUGAAACAUCCCGAAAAUAUCAACGGUAAUGAAUUAUCCAAACAUGUGCUGUCAGAGUUGGGCGUGCAGCUCGGUGUGUGCAGCUACCUCGUUUUCACCAAGGCCGAAAAGCAGGAACAGGAGAGAGGGACAGGAGAAAAACGCUCCUGGGCAAAGGUGUUGAAAGGAAGCAGACCUAACUCCACUCUGCACAGACUCUUCCUGUCUCUCCUGGCUCUGCCCAGCUCUCUGCACAGGAAGGACGUGUUUGCUAAGGUAAGUCAGCAGAAUCUGUUCAGCAGCGUCAAGCCUCCGUCCAACAGCAACAAAACCCCCAAAGCUUCACGUCGACCGGGCAGAGUGUCGGGAAGACCCCGAGUACGCAGAAGGAGACCGCCGGUCCAGUCGAGCUACAACAGGAGACAUAAUGAAGAGAGUUCAUCAGAUAAUAGUGGUGAUGAAUCUGCAGUAAAACCCAGUCUACAGCUUCCCCCACAUCACAGACACAAUGAGGACUCAGACUACACUGAUAAUUCAUCUGAUGUGGUCGACAUGACCGAGGAGUCACAACUUUCGGGGACCAGCAGAUUAAUAAAAUCAGGAACUAAAAAAACUCCAACGUCUGUAUACAUCGUGUGCAGUGAUGAUGAUGAUGAUGAUGAUGAUGAUGACAACGUCAAGAUGGUUUCCACGGUCACACCAACCAACUCGACGGGCCAGAAGGUGAAAUCUAAUGACAGACAGGGGGAGCUGAUCUGGGUUCAGGUGCAGGGCUUCGCUCUCUGGCCGGCCGUCAUCGUAACGUGCAGAGGACAGCUUCAGAUCCCAGGGAGUAUGAUGGUGAGCUGGUUCGGACAGACGGUGUCAUCUCAGGUCAGUGAAGAGACGAUGAAACCGUUCGCUGACUUCGCCGAGUGCUUCUGUACAAAGUCCUUCGCCGUCCUCGAGACCUACAGAGAAGCCAUUUUCCUGGCGCUGGAGGAAGCAGCUCUGCGCUGUAACAAGAUGUUUUCAGUGAAUCGAGAGGACAAAGAAGAGCUGCUGAAGAAGAUGUUAGACUGGGCCUUUAAAGGCUUUAAACCUACCGGGCCUGAUGGACUCAAUCAAGUGGCCUCCUCUAAUGGUGUCACUAAAACAAACAGACCAAAUGCGAAGAAGAAGCUCUUCCCGAAGGCCGCUUUUCCUCCCUCCUCCUCCUCCUCCAUGAGCAGCAAGAGCAACAUGAGCGUUGAGCUGAAGGAGAUGAACGUCUCCUUAAACAAACUGUCCUGCAACUCCGUCGAAAAGUCCUCCCAUAAAAGCGGAGGAGGGAGAACAUCAGCGUGGGAAGAGCCGUCAGAUCUGGGAAAAGGCGUUAAGGGAGGAUGGGGGAAAGGGAAGAGUAAGGGAGGAUGGAAAGGAGGGAAGGGCGUGAAGAAGAAAAGCAGUCUGUUUGAUGGAUUCGAUGACGACACGUCGCCGAACUACGUGCCGAACAAGAAGAGAGCCUACGCAAAAAUUUACAACAAAGUCAACGAGCCCGCCGGCGUUUACAAACAGCCGGACCAGAAACUCAGAGAGGAGACUAUUCGUAGGAUCAUGGACAUGAAACUGGACAUUGAAGGUUUCUGUUUGUGUUGUGGGACUGAAACCGUUGAUAUCUUCCAUCCUCUAUUUAAAGGCAGCCUCUGCUUGACGUGUAAAUACAACUUUACAGAAACUCUGCAUCGAUACGAUGAAGACGGUUACCAGUCGUACUGCACCAUCUGCUGCUACGGCAUGGAGGUCAUACUGUGUGGCAACAACAGCUGCUGCAGAUCUUACUGCGAGGACUGUCUGAACAUCCUCGUCGCUCCGGGGACGUUCGCUGCGCUGAAGGAGCUCGACCCGUGGAUCUGCUUCAUCUGUCAGCCUCACCGAGCUCACGGAGCGCUGAUCCCCAGAGAGGACUGGAGCAUUCGUGUUCAGGGCUUCUUCACCAACAAUAGCGGCAUGGAGUUUGAGCCUCACAGAGUUUAUCCGUCCAUCACUGCAAACCUGCGCAGACCGCUCCGAGUUCUCUCGCUGUUCGAUGGCAUCGCGACAGGUUAUCUGGUCCUGAAGGAACUCGGCUUCAAAGUGGAGAAGUACUUCGCCUCGGAGAUUUGUGAGGACUCCAUCGCCGUGGCAACCGUCAACCACGACGCGAAGAUCAUCCAAGUUGGCGACUCUCGCUUCAUCACCCAGGAACACCUGGAUCAGUGGGGCCCGUUUGAUCUGCUGAUUGGUGGCAGCCCCUGUAACGAUCUCUCCAUCGUGAACCCGUUCAGAAAAGGCCUCUAUGAGGGCACCGGCAGGCUGUUCUUCGAGUACUACCGCAUCCUGCAGCUGCUGAAGCCCGAAGAAGGCGACUCCAGACCGUUCUUCUGGCUGUUUGAGAACGUCGUCUUCAUGAACACAUGCGACAAAGUCAACAUCUGCCGCUUCCUCGAGUGUAACCCGGUGAUGGUGGAUGCAGUGAAAGUCAGUCCGGCUCACAGAGCUCGAUGUUUCUGGGGAAACAUCCCCGGCAUGAGCAGGCCCAUCAUCGCCUCCCAGAACGACAAGCUGACUCUUCAGGAUUGUUUAGAGAUCGGAAGAGAAGCCAGGGUCACUAAAGUGAGGACGAUCACCACCAAUCCAAACUCUCUGAAGCAAGGCAAAGAUGUGUCUCAGCUGCCGGUCCUGCAGAACGGCAAAGACGACAACCUGUGGAUCACUGAACUGGAAAAAAUCUUUGGUUUCCCCAAACAUUACACGGACGUGAGGAACAUGAACCGGCAGCAGAGGCAGAAGGUGCUUGGGAAGGCGUGGAGCGUUCCCGUCAUCCGUCACCUCUUCGCUCCCCUCAAGGACUACUUUGCCUGCGAGGAGCUUCUUCCUUUGACCGUUUCCAACACGUCUACCUCCGCCUCCGCCUCCGUCACUCUCAGCUCCAUCACUUCCACCUCUCCGUCCUCUCCCGCCUCUCCAGAAGUGCAGCAGCUGAGAUAG